CCUAAUGUGUCAAAUAAACAUUUUUUUAGCCAGACGGCGCACACAAUGCGAGGGGGUCAGUGACAUGGCCGAGGGCUGCGAGGACUCUGCCGGUGCCGCUGAAUCCACAACGUCACAGUAUAAGCACGACACGAGCAUGCUGGGUACGGUGUUGCCUUGCGAGGCGGCUAUUGUUGCGACGCCUGGCAGCAGCAGCAGUAGCAGCAGCAACAACAGCAACAGUAACAAUAACAACAACAAUAACAACAACAACAGCAGCAGCAGCAACAACACGGCCAGCAAUAUUGUGAAGCGAGAGUUCUGCGAUGGCAGCAUCAUGCCAGGUGCCAGUGUCAACAACAACAACAGCAGCGUCAGCAAUAAUAAUAAUAAUAAUAACAAUAACAACAAUACCAAAAUGCAAGCAUUGAUAUGCAGCAGCAGCAGCUCCAGCAACAUCAAUAACAACAACAACAACAGCAGCAGCAACAACAAUGCAAACAGCAGCAGCAGCUCAUCAUCAUCAUCCUCCUCGUGCUCAUCCUCCUCGUCAAGCUCGUCGGCCAGCACUCUAACCAGCUGCACUACCGCAGCCAUAGUGCCCUCGAAUUGCUCCACAAAUGCCAACAAGUCGCCCAGCUCGCCCUACUCCCAAAGUGGAACCAUCGGCAUCGGCAUCGGCGUUGCUCUCGCCAGCCCACUGCGAGAGGCCAGCCCGCUGCCCAGCCGCUGCUCGCCGGCGGUCGCUGCAGCUCAGUCGCCGUGUGGCGGUGCCACGCCCGCUUCGCCGCCAUCGAUCUCCUCCAACAGCUCGUCGCAUGUGCUGGCGCUCAACAUCAAAACCGAGUCGGACUACGACAAGGAGAUUAGCUGCCACAAGAUACAUUCGCCAAGCAGCAGCAGCAGCAACCACCAUAUGCACCACCAACACCAGCACCACCACCACCACCACCACAACCACAACAAUAACAACAACGAAGAUGAGAUGGAGCCAACGCUGCUCUCGCCCGCUCACUCCAACCACUCAGCCUACGACUCCAAGGAGCAUGUCAAGGAGCUGGAGUUCUACAAGAAUCUUGCCGCGAAGGCUGCCUCGCUGGCCAAUCACCAGCGCGACACGAGCUCCGUCUCGCCCCUGCCCAUGCAAAUCGAUGCGGAUGAGGACGAAGCGGAGGACCAAACGGCCGAGGCGUUGCGUCUACGUCGCGAGGAGCAAGCGCAGGCCAAGGCAUUCGCGGCACAUCUAAAUGGAACUAUGCAAGACAUGAUAAAUUUGCAAAAAUUACAAAAUUUGGCCACACUGCAGCAACAGCAACAUCAUCAGCAGCACCAGCAACAGCAGCAGCAGCAGCAGCAGCAUCCGCAUUCACAUCAUUCCCAUCAUCAUCCCGCCACAGCGGCCGCAUUGGCAAGUCUUCAGGGCUUAGCUGCCUCCGUGUUUAACUCACCCUUGAAUCUGAGUGUGGGCGCUGAGGCUGUGACAACAACAACAGCAGCAGCGGCGGCUGGAGUCACUUCAACGUCAGCAGCAGCUGCUGCUGCAGCAAGUCCCUCGCCCAGCAAUAGCAACAACAACAACAACAGCGGCUGCCACAACGGCAACAAGCACAAGACGUCAAAGGGCAACAGCAGCAACAACAACAACAACAGCAACAACAACAACAGCAGCAACAGCAACAGCAGCGCAACCGGCAAUUCCUCCAGCCAGCAGCCGCAGGAUAAUCCCAGCAGCAGCAGCUCACCGCACGCCCACGCCCACGCCCUCAACGCGACGACGCUGGCGAAUGUGUUGGCUGCAGCGACCGCAUCGCCACCGCCAGCGCUCCAAGCGCCGCCGGCGAGCGCGCAGAUGCCGCAACUGAUACUCGCCUCCGGGCAGCUGGUGCAGGGCGUCCAGGGCGCCCAACUGCUCAUACCAACGGCCCAAGGCAUUGCUGUGCAGACCAUACUUACCAUUCCGGUGAGCCCACAGAUACCCACCAGCGAACAGUUUCUGCCCAACGCAUUUGGCGCUUUUGCCAGCUAUCAGCAGCAGCAGCAGCAGCAGCAGCAGCAACAGCAACAGCAACGCGAACAACAACGCGAGCAGCAGCGCGAGCUAUUGGCUCCGCCGCUGGCUGCACUGCAGCAUGCACCAGCCUUGCCGCAACUGGCGCAAACUCCCACGAAUUUACUGAAGCCGAAUCUCUUCUCGACGGGCGUGCAGCAGCUGCUGACUGCCUUGCAUCCGGAGCUGUUUGCCGCCGCUGCCGCCAAUCAUCAGCAGCAGCAGCGCGAGCAGCAGCAGCAGCAGUUGGCAGCAGCAGCAGCGGCUGCAGCUGCAGCGAGCCACUUGCCACACACUCACACUCACCUGGCCGCCGACCUGCGACGCUCCGCGGAGCGCACGCCUCCGUCUGGCUCGCCCACUGUGGGCAGUCCGGCGCUGCCGACGAAGCAGCCAGCCCCACCGCCUCCGCCGGCAGCGGCUUUCUUGCUGCAACAGCAGCUGCACAUCAAGCCUGAGACGCAGACGCAUCUGCAUCAUCAUCUGCACAAUACGACGGCGACAGCCACGUCGGCGGCCCAUCCGCAAAUCAGCUUGCGGCAUCCGGAUGAGUUGACAGCGCCGCAGCUGGACCUAAAGCCGCUGGAGCUGAAUAGCAGCAGCAGCGUCUCGCCACCCGCUUUGCCACCGUCAGCGGCGCUGGCGCGACAUCAUUUCGGGCACAAUCUGCGCACGGCGGCUGCAGCGUCGCCCAAGCACAGUCCGGGACGCGGCUCCUCCGGUGCCACGGGCAUGAAUCUCAGCCAGCACCAUGAGCGGCUGGAGCGACGCUCGCACACGCCCACUGCGACGGCCAUCAGGACGAGCACAUCGGGCGCGGCGUCCGUGCAUCAUCUGCCGCACGAGCGAGCAGCUGGCAACGUGUCCAGUGGACGCCUAACGCCUACGGUGUCCACUCAAUCAGCUAUCGGCAGCAGCAGCAACGAAAGAGGCUAUUCAUCUCCACUGUUCCGCUCCCACUCGCCGCCCGUGCACGCCCUCAACAUGGGCAGCUCGCCGCGCCUGGACCGCGACUAUCUGGGCAAUGGACCAAGCUUGAGCGGCGGCUCCAGCGGCGCCUCGGUCUCGGCUACCAACUGCACGUCGACGGUCACAGCGUCCAGCUCGACAGGCAACGUACUUAGCAGCAUUAAUAGACUCAACGCCUCCAAUGGCGAGCUAACCAUCACCAAAUCUUUGAGUCCGCCAACGGCGACAGCCACGCGUGCCUCAUCCGCCUCGCCGCGUGACGACUCACCGCUGCCGGGCCCAUCCACAUCGGGUGUUUCACUCAUGCAGCCCCUGAAGCUAAGCCCCUCAUCGCGCAGCGAGCCGCCCCAGCUGUCUCCCAAUGGCAAUGACAAUGACAACGACCUGCUCAUGGAUUCACCGAAUGAGCCCACCAUUAAUCAGGCCACCACAAAUGUGGUCGACGGCAUUGACUUGGACGAGAUCAAGGAGUUCGCCAAGGCAUUCAAAUUGCGACGUCUCUCGCUGGGCCUCACCCAGACCCAGGUGGGUCAGGCGCUGUCCGUGACCGAGGGGCCGGCGUACAGCCAGAGUGCCAUAUGCAGUGCACUCGCUGCGCAGAUGUAUGCCGCUCAACUGUCGACGCAACAACAGAACAUGUUCGAGAAACUCGACAUCACACCAAAGAGUGCUCAGAAAAUCAAGCCCGUCUUGGAGCGCUGGAUGAAGGAGGCCGAAGAGAGUCACUGGAAUCGCUACAAGUCCGGCCAGAACCAUCUGACCGACUAUAUUGGCGUGGAGCCGUCGAAGAAGCGCAAGCGUCGCACCUCCUUCACACCUCAGGCCCUGGAGCUGCUGAACGCGCACUUUGAGCGCAAUACGCAUCCAUCCGGCACCGAAAUAACCGGACUGGCCCACCAGCUGGGCUACGAGCGCGAAGUGAUCCGCAUUUGGUUCUGCAACAAGCGACAGGCCCUGAAGAACACCGUGCGCAUGAUGUCCAAGGGCAUGGUCUAGGAGGGCGUGUACAUAGAGGCCCCUCCCAUCUGCUGUAUAUAGUUUGUGUGUAUUUUGUGAUAGUUUUAAACACUUAGCGCUUAGACUCUAGGCCAUGUAAAGUAAAAGCUGUGUCAUAGCAUUUACAAUAAAUGUCUGCAUAUGCCCCCAUCCCCCCUCCUCCACCCCCCCAAAUCAAAUACAAAGCAUCUACAAUUUAUGACUAACAUUAAUCGCAUCCCAAAUAGUCUAGAAUCUAUGCAGACUCGAGCAGAUUUUAGGGCCCAUUUUCUUAUAUUGAUGUGCCAUUCCAAAAACAAUUCAAAAAAUAUUAUAUAUAAACAUGGAAUAUGAUAUAUGUACUACGAUUUCACCACUAGAAAUUUACAUUUAACAAUUUGUAUGGCUAAGCGCAAAACCAAAAGGACAAAAAAUAAACAAAAUCAAGA